AAGUCUGCAUUGAAGGACGAAAGGAUCAGUCCUUAUUUCCUCUUAAACGCUGAUGAACUAUUGAACAGGAGCCGCUCAGAGAUGUUUGCGCUCCUGCUCGUCUGCGGGAUCCUGUUCGCUCAAGCUCAGGGUUGGUCUGAGCCGCGGAUCCGACCGAACUCUGGAGCUCUGGUCGGUACGGAUCUGAUUCUCGACUCUGGUUCUCCUCUUCAUCUGAUCUGUGAAGGUGACGGUCCAGUCACAUGGCUUCCCCGAAUGGCCAGACACAAGAAAUUCAUCUCCAAGGAAAUUGGAAAUGUCCGGAGUUUCCAUGUGGAUAAAGCCACGGCGGAUUUUACAGGAACUUACAAGUGCGUCUAUAUUAACACAAAUGAUUCAAAUGAGUCCUCCUGGGUUCAUGUGUUUGUCAGGGAUCCCCAAAUUCUCUUCGUCUCCCCGAGUACGAAUCACCGUUAUGUACGGAAAGAAGGUGAAGAUCUAAUGAUCCCGUGUCUUCUGACCGACCCCAAUGCCACAGACUUCACCUUCCGCAUGGAUAACGGCUCAGCGGUGCCCUACGGCAUGAACGUGACCUUUGACCCCAGAAAGGGCGUCUUGAUUCACAAUGUUCAGCCUGGAUUUAAUGCCGACUACAUUUGCAGAGCUAGAAUCAAAGGAGUUGAGAAAGCGUCAAAGAUAUUCUCAAUAAACAUCAUUCAACGAUUACGUUCUCCACCGUACGUGUUUCUGGAGAGAAGCGAGUAUGUAAAACUGGUGGGAGAGAAAUUUCAGAUCAGCUGCACCACAAACAACCCCAACUUUAACUAUAACGUCACAUGGACGCACUCCUCUAGAAAGUUGCCCCAAGCAAUAGAGAAUUCGAAGAUGGUAGGGGAUCGGCUGGCCAUCGAGAGCAUCCUGAUCAUACCGGCUGUCCAGCUGUCUGAUUCGGGGAGCAUCACCUGUACGGGUCAGAACGAGGCCGGAGCCAACAGCUCCACCACACACCUGAUGGUCGUGGACGAACCAUACAUUCGACUCUUCCCGAAGAUCUCUUCUGAGCUCACUCAUCGCGGUCUGUCCAUCGAGGUGAAAGAAGGCGACGAUGUUGAUCUCAGUGUCUUGAUCGAAGCAUAUCCAGCGCUGAUCUCACACCAGUGGGAGACUCCAACAUCCCACAAUGCCUCACUCCCAGAGAACCGGUUUUACAACUAUAACGACAGGUACGAGGCGCUGCUGUUCCUCAAGAGACUGAACUUCCAGGAAAGCGGCCGCUACACACUCCACGUCAAUAGCAGCAACAAAAAUGCCUCCAUUACUUUUGAUAUUAAAAUGUACAGAAAACCUGUAGCGACGGUGAGAUGGGAGAACGUUACGACUCUGUCAUGCAGGUCUUAUGGAUAUCCAGCUCCCAGCAUCCUCUGGUAUCAGUGCACAGGAAUCAGAACCAGCUGUCCGGAAAACUCCACGGGACUUCAGCCCCUCCAGACGCAGACGCUGGUGUUACAGGAGAAGCCGUACGGGUCGGUGGGUGUGGAGAGCGUCCUGACCCUGGGACCGUCCCACCAGAGAAUGACCGUGGUGUGUGUGGCCUUCAAUCUGGCCGGACAAGACAGCGACACCUUCACUAUGGACGUCUCAGAUCGGCUCUUCUCCAGCGCUAUGUGUGGAGCCACGGUCGCGAUGGUGGUUCUAGCGCUGCUGCUCAUCUUCAUGAUCUACAAGUACAGACAGAAACCCAGAUAUGAGGUCCGCUGGAAAAUCAUUGAAGCCACAAAUGGAAACGACUACAUCUUCAUAGACCCAACAAAACUGCCAUACAAUGAGAAAUGGGAGUUUCCUCGAGACAAACUGAAGCUCGGAAAGACUCUGGGCGCAGGAGCCUUUGGGAAGGUGGUGGAGGCCAGGGCGUACGGCCUGGGAGAAGAGGACAACGUCACACGUGUAGCUGUCAAAAUGCUGAAAGCCAGCGCUCAUCCAGACGAGCGAGAGGCUCUGAUGUCUGAGCUGAAGAUCCUCAGUCAUCUCGGGCAGCACAAGAACAUCGUGAACCUGCUGGGUGCUUGUACACACAGCGGUCCUGUGCUGGUGAUCACAGAAUACUGCUGUCAUGGUGAUCUUCUGAAUUUCCUGCGCAACAAAGCCGAGAGCUUCCUGAACUUCAUCAUGAUGAUUCCGUCUCCGGUGACGACGGAUUAUAAGAACAUCGACACGGAUCGAAUGUUUUUCAGAAGUGACAGUGGGAUUUCCAGCACCUGCUCUGAUCAUUAUCUGGACAUGAGACCAGCCUCCUCCAGACCCACUAACUCAGCUCAGAGUUCUUCUUUGGAUUGCGAGGCUGAAGGUUCGUGGCAGCUGGACAUGGACGACUUACUCCGGUUCUCACAUCAGGUGGCGCAGGGACUCGAAUUCCUCACUGCUAAAAAUUGCAUCCACAGAGACGUGGCGGCCAGAAACGUGCUCCUCACCAACAGCCGAGUGGCCAAGAUCUGUGAUUUCGGUCUGGCGCGAGACAUCAUGAACGACUCCAACUAUGUAGUCAAAGGAAACGCACGUCUUCCAGUGAAGUGGAUGGCUCCAGAGAGUAUUUUCGACUGCGUUUAUACGGUUCAGAGUGACGUCUGGUCUUACGGGAUCCUGCUGUGGGAGAUUUUCUCACUGGGUAAGAGCCCGUAUCCCAACAUACUGGUGGACUCCAAGUUUUAUAACAUGAUCAAAUGUGGCUAUCAGAUGUCCAGACCUGACUUUGCACCUCCAGAGAUGUACACCAUCAUGAAGAUGUGCUGGAACCUGGAAGCUGCUGAGAGACCAACAUUCAGUAAGAUCAGUCAGCUGAUCGAGAGGAUGCUGGGAGACCCGGCUGAUACACAGGAGACACAGUACCAAAAUGUCCAGUCCAGCGCAGAAGGUGACGAACAGCUAGAGUCAUCUGACCCUGUGAAGCAAGAAGAUGAAUCAUUUGAGACGUCACGUGAGCAGAAAGAAGAGGACCAGCCGCUCAUGAAACCCAACAACUACCAGUUCUGCUGAGGACCUAACUAACCAGCUGAUUAACUAAUGCGGGAUCUUCUGUCUGAACAUCAACAGUAGUUGCACAAUCUGUCCACAAUCACAUGCAUGUGAACAAAGAUCUGAUCUGUCACCAAACACGCUCACUUUGGGAUUCUGCACGCUCUGCUUUUGCAGUUCUGCUCUCUUGAAACAGUCUUGAACUCGUGUGCGGAGUUGAAGCGUGUUUAAAUGAACCGGUUUCAUUUCUCAGCAAAGUCGAAAACCUCCAAGCCUCGGAUUUGUUUGUCGUCCGAUGUGCCUUUUUUGAUAACCGUGCAUAUUUCUUGUUACUUGAACUUCUCUGUUGCCCAGGUUGGAAAGCAGUUUGUUCUGCGUUUUAAAUGCAAACGCUACAUGUUCCACUUCCACUUCAUCCUUGAUCUGCCUGUCAGUCGUGUUCCUUCCUUUAAAGUAACUGAAAAUGACCACAGAUACACUGAACUCUUUUUGCGCAGCUAAAAUAACUGGAAUGACACCGGUCAGGGGCGCUGCUGUGGUUUCUGGGCCCCCUGAACAGCAUAUUGAUUCGGGGCCCCUUCCACGAUCGUGUUCUGGUAGGGGAGCAGUGACCCCCUGCCACAUUCAAGUUAUAAAUGGCCACAUUCUCAUGUUAAAAAUAAAGUGAAUAUGCCAGAUACAGCAUAAUAUUCUGCAAUUUCAUUAUUUAUGUAUUUAUUUAUUUUUUGCAUAUUUUUUUUCUUUUCUUUUCAUUUUAAUUUUGCAUUUGCAAGUUACAAAUGGCCAUGUUCUUACAUUAAAAAUAGUAUAUACACCAUAUAUGGCUUAGCCAAUGCAACUACACAAUAACUUUUCACAUUUUGCAUUAAAAAUUUUUUUUUUUUUGCAUUUACAUUUUUAUAUAUAUAUAUAUAUAUUUUUUUUUUUGCAUAUUUUUAUUUAGUUGCAUUUAGCAUUUUAGUUUUAACUCCCCUUGCAUAUAACACCUGUACCCGACAUGACAACACGGGUCGAGUUUCACACGGCUGGAGGUAAUCACUGCAGGUGAGAGGACAGAUAUGAAAACAUUCUGUCAUUUGGUCUCCUGCUCUAGUUCUUAGUCAAUCCUUGUAGGCAAACACAAGGUUUUAUUGCUUCCCGCAGUGAUUACGGUCAUUUGGAGUGAUAGCGUGAGGUCAGCGCAGGCUUGGAGGACAGACUCCCGUCUACAACGGGGGAAAUAUUGACAUGCUGUUGGUGCAAUAAUGUCUCAGCUGAUCGUUCGUCUUAUUUUUUCAGAUAACUGAGAGUCAAAGGUUAAAUGCGUUAUCAUUUAUCACUGAAGCAUUAGAAAAGUGGAUCCCAAGGACAAUGACUGACACAGAAACCAUUUCAGGAAGAAAAACUAACCAUUUGUUUUUUCCUUUAAUGUCAAACGAAAAGUAAACUGCUUGAUUUCAUUUUCAUAUGCAUAUGUACACUUGAUUAUGUUGAUGUGCAGGAAAUGUUUAUGUAAGCUGAAUGUCACAUUUUGUUUUCAACGAGUCGAACUCUCAAAUGGAAAAAUCUGUAAUUUGUUCUGUAGUUUAUGAACAGUUUGAAAUGGGUGAAUCUUUGAUUUUAUACUCCAAACUGUUUGCUUUCGUCAAAGUUUAUUUGAACAGACACACUGCCAGAGUAUCUUUAGUUUGCUUAAAACGUGAUUAACCUGAUGUUUUUCUUUCUCAAAGCACAUAUAUGUUUAUAUUAUAUUCUUAUUUACAUUUUUUCCUCAUGCAAUAAUUGUAUUUUCAUAGUUCAACUAUGUGAGAUCGAAUCAUUAUAGGGAACUCUUUUGUUAGUGUUAAUAGUUCCCAUGAGUUCAGCACCUUAGACAGCUUCACAUCUGUAUAUUUUAGUUUUGCUACUGAAAGCUACUAAUAAACCAUGGAAAUGUCA